AAAAAAUGUCUAAGUCAAAUUUCUCUUGAUACAAACUGCGAAAUCAGAAAUGGUUUCACUUUUUGAGAACUAUGAACAGCAAUAUUCAGUGCUCACGGCCGAUAUCACGGCCCAAAUCGGCCUUCUGGGUGCCUCGGCCACAAAGGACCGCCGCCAACUUAUUUCCAACAUCGAGAAACAUGUCGAGGAGGCGCAAGAACUGUUGGAACAAAUGGAAUUGGAGGUUAGGGAGGUCGAAUCGGCCAAAAGACAAAGGUGCAGGACCAAGCUAGAUUGCUACCGUGCUGAGCUCAAGCGGCUGACUUUGGAAUACAUCAAGGCGCGGUCGAUAAAACAGGGCGCGUUGAGCUACGAUAGCGCGGAAGAAUUGAACGAUGUGCGGAUUUCGUCCGAUCAGAAGCAGAGGCUUUUGGACAACUCGGAGCGGAUGGAGCGGACGGGGCGGCAGCUGGAGGAGGGGUACAGAGUGGUGCUGGAAACGCAGGACAUUGGGACGCAGGUUUUGCAGAAUUUGAACGAGCAAAGGGAGACUAUCAAAAGGACGCGAUCAAGAUUGAGGGAGACUGACGAGGAGUUGGGGCGGUCUUCGCGCCUCAUGAGCUCAAUGAUAAUGAGGUCCAUUCAGCAGAAAAUAAUCUUGUUCAUUGUUGGUGCCUGUUUCAUAAUAGCCCUCUGUCUGGGUCUUUAUCUGGGCUUGAACAAGUAAUUUUGCGUUCUCUUUUUAGGAACUGUACAUAUGUAUCAAAAAAGUAUUCUAUUGUGUCAUAUUUCGUAUUUUUUGUUAUUUAGUUAUACAUUCCUGUUAUUUGUGAUGUUCUUCGCACUGAGUUGUUAGCGGUAGUGAGAUAAUACUUAACUUAUUUUAAUAAUAUAAAAGUACAAAUUCUAUACAA